AUGAUAUCCGCAAAAGAAAUCAAAGAUAUUUCUGAUAUUAUAGAUUUAUUAAGACCUAUUGAAGCAUCUACCAAAGAACUUUGUGGUCAAAAAUAUAUAACUUCAAGUAUGGUUAUUCCUAUGAUAUACAUGAUGGUUAAAAACAUCAGCCAAUUCAAACCUACACAAGAAUUAGGCAUUCAGUUGAAAAAAGAAAUUUUAUUUCACUGUGAGAAGCGUUUUGGUUCAGUUGAAAGUGUUGCACUUUUUAGCAUAGCAACAGUUUUAGAUCCACGUUUUAAAAAGAUUUAUUUUAAAGAUUCAUUGGCACUCUCUAAAACGUUAAAAUAUAUUUCUGACGAGAUAAAACAAAACUUACAAAACCAAGUUCAAAGUGAAAGCUCAAGUGACAGUGAUACAAUAACAGAACAUGAUGAAGCAAAACCUUUCAAUUUAUGGCAAGAACAUGAAUCUAUGGUACAACAAUCUACCAGACGUAGAGGACAGCUUCAGUCUGAUGACAUAGGGUUUCCAAAUGAACUAAAUUUGUACUUGAAAUCAAGCGUGGCUCGGUUAUCAGACAAUCCUCUUCACUUAUGGAAAGAUAUGAAAAGUAUAUAUCCCAUAUUGUCAAACAUCGCAAUAAAAUAUUUGUCAACUGUUGCAACGUCUGUACCAAGUGAGAGGUUGUUUUCUAAGGCUGGACUAACUUUAAGUAAUCAAAGGAAUCGUUUAACCCCAAAACAUCUUAACAAAUUAUUAUUUUUGCAAUCCUUAGAUGAUACGUUAUGGUCAUUAUAA